AUAUAGUUUCGUACUUGACUGAAAUGUCACACGUAAUCAGAAGGGUUCGUUUGGCAAGAAAGUACACACAGUUUCUUCAAAUGGAUACCAAACUCCACGACAGCAGCAGAGUCUGUUCAUUUACCAACAGCUGUUGAGUCUAGAAAAUCAACAGCCCUUUAUGUUGUUUUCUCGUUGGGAACUUUUGAAAAAGAAGAAUGAGUUAUCCUAGCUGGGAUCCUACUGGCUUUCAGCAGCAGGGAGGAGCAGGAGGAGGGGAGGGUCAGCCUCAAGUGGGAGGGAUCAAGAUGUUUGACCCAAGCCAGUUUCAAUCCCAGCAGGGAGUAGCCAUGGACCACAUACAAAAUCAGACUCACUGGUCAGCUUGGGAUAAUUGGGGCACUUGGAACUGGAAUUCUGAGAAUCAAAAUGGCAUACAGAGUGGGCAUCCUGAUGAUGGACAGACCACCAGUACCAGUAAUGGGGUGAAGGAACAUACUGCCCAGAAUGGAAAUCAUUAUCAGCUCCAUCAACAACAACAGCAGUUUCAGCCUGCACCACAGUAUGCAAGUCACUUCUAUAAUCCCCAGCAGUUCCAGACAACAGAAGGACUGGCAGACACCAGUCAGGUAACCUCCCAUCAGCAACCACCAAAUGCACAGCAGCAGCAGCAGCAGGUUCAGUAUGAUGCUGCAUAUAAUUAUCAUUGGGGUGUUCAGCAGUGGGCUCUGCCAGUGGCUUCCCAUGUAAGUCCUCAGACUGUAGAUGGUCAGGCAUUGGGUCAGCAUACUCAUCAGACUAUGGAUGAUCAGGCUGUUCCACCACCAGGUCAGUAUGUUCAUCAGACUAAAGAUAGUCAGGCUGUUGUAACGUCAGAUCAGUAUGGUCAUCAGACCAUAGACAGACAGACAGUCCCAGCAUCAGGUCAGUAUAACCAUCAAGAGCAGUAUGCCCAGGCUUACUUCAAUCCAUCUGUAUGGCAAAACAACCCAGAUCAUGAUUUAUCACAAGCAUGUAACUGGGGAAGUAAUUUUGAGCCUGGGCUUCAAGAUAUGUCCAGCCCUGAGACAGAAAAGACUGCUUUCCAAGGGAAGGCUGCUGGCAUGAUACAGAACACACAGGACCAGGUGCAUCAGCACUUUGGAAAACACAGUUUCCCUGGCACCGCUCAGGCAAGUCUCCAUGGUGGAGAGGAUGCCAGAGCAAGCACACAGCAUCAGAACCUUCCUAUCACAGUUGAGCCUGAGGACCCAGCACCUGGUCCUGCACACCACAGUAACAUAGGUUCAGAUGUCGGGAGUGUUGUUGCUAUGAGUGCAUUUACUGGGCUUGAAACUUUCCAGGGAAAAGAUGCAACACACAUAGAAAGUGUGGAAAUGCCGGAGACUGUCCCAACUAUGCACCACCUCAAAGUCUCAGCAUUUGCUCGCACAGACUCAGGAAUCAGCAAUGCCAGUCUGCAGACUGUCAAUCUGUCAGCUGAUGAAGAUGCAGAGAAUGGUGUUGAGGAAAUGGGCAAGCGAAUGGCGGCUUUGUGUGUAUCAUCCCCUGGCUCAGGGGAUGCCGCUAAUAUUGGUGGUUCAGGUCCAAAGAGUGGGGGCAGCAGAAGUAACUCAACAGACUUGUUAGAUAUGAGAAAUUCAGGUACAGACUGGACUUCAGCUGAUGUUGCUCAAACCUCUCAGAAUAUAGCAGCCUCAUCCUCAGAGGGGCACAUGUCUCUGGUGAAUGACUGGAACACCGCACCACAAGCUCACUCGUCUGCUUCUCACAGUCGCAACAGCUCUUUAGAUGACGGCAUCACCUUCACAGCCAAGCCACUUGAACAGAACACUGCUGGUUAUCAACCUCGUAUGUUUGCAAGUGAGACAACCUUAUCUUCACAGAAUGGUGCCCCACGUGCAGUCUAUUCUCCUAGCAUUCAGGAAUCUGAGUCUUUUACUGCAAUAAGUUCCACUUCGGGUUCUGUGGAUGCUUUGCUUAGCCAGGGCUCAGAUCCAGUGACAUCUAGCACACCGUACACUUCUCCUGGAGGCCAUUCACUGGCAUCACAACCUCCACCUCAGGUCAGUCAGCCGGGCUCCCCUGCAUGCAGUGGUCUUUCAUUGGAACAGGUUUCACCACCAAGCAUUCUUUCAUUGCCUAGCUCUUCAUCUAAUGAGCAACAGACAGAAAAACAAGCGAAGUCACCAGACACAAGUGCAGUCUCUUUGAAUCAGCAGACUUUGGUCCCUGCUGAGGCCCUGCAACCAACCAUCAACAGGAGUUUGGAAGGCACAAGCUUUGUUGGCAAGCCAUUGGACUCCUCUGUAAUGAGAUCACCAAAUGCAGGAAGCAGUCCUGCCUGGAGGCCUCCACCUGCUCCACGGCCUCGUGGAGAUCAACAGUCUAGCCCAGAGAAAGAGUUGGUAAGUUUGUCCUCACCUCAGCGUCGCACCCAUCAGUCAGCUUUCCAACCUGUGCACAGCCACCGUGGGAAGCAUAACAUGUCACCAGCUACAACCCUGUGGGACAACCUGGACUCGAACCCCACCUCAAACAUUCUCCUGGCCCCAGCUGCUCCACUUAUUAUUCCAUCUCUCAAUGCUUCGGCAUUAACAAACACCAUCACAGCGACCACCACAGCUGUCACUGCCAUGCCUUUGUCCUCAGCUUCCAUGCCGAGAAAAGCUUCUUCAGACUCGCUGCUUGAGCGGCAGUCAGUGGGAAAGAAUGGAGAGAGAAAGGCAUCAGAGAGAGGAAGUUCAAGCCGAUCAAACAUCCGCCGGCUGGUGGAACGUAAAGAUGGUGAGAGAAAUACAGGCAACAGGGGACAAAGCGAGGAUUUGUCACGAUCUCGGGAGGAUGACAGCAGAUCACUUGGUUCUUUGGAUGAGCUUGAUGGUGCUCCCGAGUUUGAUGACUCCAGAGACAGAAACAAGGGCUAUGCUCGUGACCCUCGAUAUGACCCAUAUUACGACAGACCGUCAAGCCGAGUGGACAACUACCGAGAUGACUAUAGACGACAAAAAGAAGCUUACCAUGGCUAUGGUCGAGAUUAUCGAGACCCUUACUAUGAUGAAAGAUAUGACAGACCCAGGUCUCGGCAAGAUGAAGAAAGGUCUAGUCGGCCAUCUUCAAGGAUGGUACGUGAACCAGAUCGCCCUAAAUCUCGAUCUGAGUAUGACCGAGACAGGGACAUUUACUAUCAGCACCAGCGGGACUAUCGCUAUAGAGCCUACCCUGGGUAUGAAAACUACCCUCAAGAUUACUAUUACGAUGAAAGGGAUCGCUAUUACCGAUACUACACAGAUUCCCGCUAUAGACGAGGAUAUGCUGAAGAAAUGGGUUACUAUGGACAACCAUAUGACAGAUAUGCUGACGCAUACUAUGGACACCCACCACCUCCACUACAGCCACCACCUCUGCCAAACCAAGUUGAUGAUGUGGAUCAGGCAAGCCUAGCCAGCCACUCCCGCGGCCAGACACCAGCACUAGAUGAUGGUGAUGUUAGCCAAGACUACUAUAGGAAGCUGUCACGCCCAUCCAGUCAAAUAGAGAGGGAGCCAGAUGUAUACAGGCAGGGUUAUGGUACCUAUGGUGCCUAUGAGCCUUAUGCUGGCUACUAUGAUCCCUACCACUACGGGUAUUAUACAGAUCAGCAGUAUGUUUCACAGACAGGUUACCAGGAAGGUCGUAUGACACCUCCCAAAUAUCUGCUUCCCCACAUGCGGACAUGCUUUGGUCCCAAUGGUCAGUUGGUUAUUGUUCAGCCCAACCGGCCCACGGAAGGGCAGCCAGCAGUGGUUGAGAUUCAUGAGGUCACAACUAUUCUUCAGAAUGACCCAGAGAUGGAGGAGCUCAAGGACUUUCUUGGCCCUCUUGUCAGGAAUCAGACACAUAAGAAUGACGUGCUGCUGCUUUGCCAGAAGCGGGCAAAAGAGUGUGCAGAAAAUAUCAACAUGGUGGACCGUGAGUCUGCUGAGCUUAUCUGGCGUUUCUUGGAACUUCUUCUCAAGCAAAAUGGAAGUAUCAUCGGAACAGACAUUGCUGAUCUGCUGCUGGCAGGGCAUGAGCCUAGCACUCACGAGUAUGCAAUGAGUGGAAUGCGCAUUAUUCCUAGUGCUGACCAGUUGGACGUUACUGAUGGAGAUGAAGACUCUCGCACGUCCAGCCCAUCUGUGCGCCUGUCAGCUGACCGCUCCAUCAUUGCAGCGGACAGAUCCAUCAUUACUGCCACACAGCAGCUAGAAGAGGCUACUGACCGAUUCCGACAUUAUUUGCUUUAUGGACAUAAAAAGGAAGCUCUGGAUUGGGCCAUGAAACAUAACCUUUGGGGGCAUGCCCUGUUUUUGGCCAGCAAGAUGGAUACUCGCACACAUGCUAAUGUCAUGACCCGCUUUGCAAAUACUGCUAUGCGAAUGAAUGACCCACUUCAGACAUUGUACCAGCUGAUGUCAGGGCGGCAGCCAGCCUCUGUUACAAACAUGGUGGAUGAGAGGUGGGGUGACUGGCGACCACAUCUUGCCAUGAUUCUUUCUAACCAUUCCAACCGCCCAGAACUGGUCAAGAAAAGUGUCGUCACCCUGGGUGACACCCUUGCAACCAAACACUGUCUGCAUGCUAGUCACUUCUGCUACCUGAUGGCUGAAGUGGAUUUUGGAUCAUUCCUUAAGAAAACAUCCAAACUUGUCUUGAUUGGAUCUAACCACAAUCUGCAGCUAGGAGAGUUUGCUAGCAAUGCAGCUAUACAGUGUACAGAAGUUUAUGAAUAUGCCCAGAGUCUUGGCAAUGCCAGAUUUACUCUGCCUCAGUUCCAGGUUUACAAGUUUCUGUAUGCCUGUCGUCUGGCAGAAUAUGGCUUGGCACAAGAGGCAUUCAACUACUGUGAGGUGAUUGCCCAGCAAGUCCUUUUGUGUCCUGCUCGCUAUCACCCUGCUUUCAUUGCCAGCCUGCAGUCAGUUGCCAGCCAACUCAAACAUUGUGAUCCUCGUAGACUGCAUGAAGAUCUGGAUUCACCUGAUCCAGAAUGGCUGACAAACCUCUGGGGUGUGUGCCAAAGUUAUGAGGACGGCAGCAUUCAGUUCAAGUCUGGAACAGCUACACCCAUGACUGGCUAUGGAGGAGUGACACCUAGCAGUGAGAGUGGAGAGAUUGCAAGUUAUGUCAGGGAUAGCAACAACACCAGCAUGGGAGGCCUGUAUCAGCAGGACCCCAGCACCUACACUAGCUACCAACAGCCACCACAGACUGCAGGCAGUGGGACUGCACAUGGGGGAUGGCUGCAGUCUCAGCAACAGCAAGGCCUAGGUGUUGACCAGUUUGGUCAGUACAGUGCAAUGUAUAGUCAGCAACAAGCUGCAACUGGUGAGCAAUAUAGCCAACAACAACAGCAGGCAGUGUGUGAUGCCAACCAACAAUAUCACCUUGCCCAGCAACAACAGUAUGACUCAAGUCAGUACCAGCAACAACAGUGGCAGAACUAUGACUACAACACCCAAGCCUACACUUCUUCAGCACCAGUAGCCAGUGCAGUGCAUCAGGUGCAAGGUGCAGCUGGUGAGCAACAACUACCACAACACCAGCCACUGUCAACAGGCCAAGGAAGUUUUGAGCCACAGGCAGGUCAGGGCUAUCACGCUGCCCAACGUGGCAGCAUAGCAUCCACCUCUGGCAGCCUGCCAGACAACGUGGAGGAAGAUGAGGAAGAUGAAGAAGAGGUGGUUGAAGAAGCCUCCAGUGCAGGCGGCUCUCACUUUGACUACUUUGGUGCUGCCUCACAGCAGAUUGUGCCUCCUCCACACCGGUACCGGACCACCUCCACCAGCUCCACCAGCAGCACAGGGCGUAUACGGCACCGCAAUCCUUCCGAAAGUAGCACCAGCAGCAUCAGAGCUGCACCUAGUGCUGGAAAGCCAGCUGCCUCAACAGUCAAGCCACCUGAGCCCAAGAAAGAUUCUGGAAAUAAUCAGAAAACUGACGGCAGUGGUCGUUGGUUCGGUGGUCUCUUCAGCAAGUUUGGUCGGCGUGACAAAAAUGAAAUGAUCCUGCCAGACGACAAGAACCCCUCUAUUGUCUGGGAUCCUGUCAAGAAGGCCUGGGUCAACAAAGAUGGUGACAGCAACGAAGAACAGUCUGCAGCUCCACCUCCCAAAGCUGCAGACCUCAUUAGUAAGGCAGCAAACCCCAACACUUCAGCCCCUGUCAUGAAUGGUCCUCCUUCAGGAAACAUGUUUUCCCUGGGCAGAGGAAAAGGUAGAGAAAAAAGUGGUGGUGCCAGGGGACAGUAUGUUGAUGUCUUGAACCCGGCAGGUAGGGGCAGUACUUCAGCUGUCCCCUCCAAUCUCUUUAAUGUCCUCCCAGCCUCAGGCCCAGCCACCACCACCGCCAGCACAACAGCACCAAAUGUACCAAUGCUCUUUAACCCUUCUGGUGCUGCCAAUGCUUCUAGUCAAUUUGAGGAUGCCAGCAGGAGCUUACAGACUCCUCUCUCCAAUGAGUUGUCUUGCUCCAGCUCUUUGAGCUCAUUGUCUCAUGAGAUUCAACAGCUAGCCAUAAAGGCACAAGAACUUGGUGAUGCCGACAUGCCCAAGCCUGCCAUGCCCGGUGCUGGCCAGCCAUCUGGCAUGCCAGUGAUGUUCGACCCAGCACAGCUGAGUCAGUCGUCGGGGCCAACCACUUCCAACACAAACACUGGCGGGUCAGGACUGAAGUACGGUCAUCGCCGUGUAUAUCCCAAGUGAUGAUAGUGGAGUUUUAGGGGUGCUUUGAGAAAUGUUUGACCUAAUGCCGAUAAUACUAGAUGUGAACAGUGAUCGGACAGUCUGGUGUGAGUGACUUGUGAGUGUAAGCUGUGGUAUGAACGCUAUUUAUUCCUCCUGCACACCUGGGCAUCCUUAAACCCUUGUGAGGUGAAGAGCAGUAACAAAGAGACUCUAAUAGCCAACUGCCGACUUGUAUCACAGCAACAUGCAUGAUGCUCAGACUUGGCAGUUAGUCAUUUUCAGAGUUCUGAAAGAUUGCAACAUUGGUUGAACAGUCUUAGCUUAAUGUUUUUCUUCCUGAAAUAAGUGACUAAAAUUAAUGAUGAGUAGAACACAUAGAUGAUUGGUUGCCAAGGAAACUGAACUAAUUGUAGUAACUUCUUGUUUCAAUGAUAAGUACAAGGAAACUUAUUGUGAGUUUUACAGCAGAAUGUUUUAAUGGCACUAAGGAGAAAAUUGUCAGUAAAGGAAGUUGGGGUAUGAGCAUCAUUAAUUAUAGAAUUAUAAAACUGGGUAAUUGUUAUCUUGGAUAGAAUUUCACGUAGUCUAUCUCUUAUCUUUUGUAAGAUAUUUGUCAUGCUUGGUGUCUGCAAGUCGUACAAAGAACAUAAUGGAAUUGGUGAAAGUUACUUUUAAUGAUUUAUAAUGUUAAAUAUGGUGUUUAUAAUCAUUGCAUAUGACUAGACAGAUGAAGUGGUGGAUGUUGGAUAACAAGCACUGAAUGUGUGUGUAAUUGUGCAGAAUGUUGUCACACCAGUCUUUCACACUGCAUUAUUUGCACGCAAGGCUUUCUCCUAUCGACCAUGUCUUUGUGGUUGGUUUUCUUUUGCAAACUUUGCCAUGUUGCUGUUUUGACUAUGAUCGGCGGGGCAGGUACUUGUUCUACAGAUCAGUCCAAACUCAUUGUUUUCUCUUCAUUAUUUUGACAUCAGGGGCAGUGUUUUCAUCAGGACUGCUUGCUCCCAGCUGCCUAUAUGUUGUACUUGCUGUCUGUUUCCUUCAGACAGCUCAGGAAAAUAUCAUCACCAUAAAGUAAUAAAAUGCUGUUGUUAAUGUAUGCUUAUUAUUCUUACAAUAUUUUGACACAAAAUAUUGCAAGUAUAGGAUCUCCAGUUUAAUAGCAAUUGUCAUGUGACACAACUGACACCUUCCAGCUUGUGUCCAGCUUGUGCCUGGCUUGUGUCAAGUUCACUCAUGUGAAAUAAAAGCUUCAGUCUUCUUUUUCCUUCAUCUCUUCAAAAAGGCCCUCAAAAAUCUCAACAUUUCAGUUUGGUAAGUUUGGUUCUCCUGACUGAAAUUUUAAAAAAUUAUUUAAAUUCUAAGGUUCUUGUGAUAUUUAGUGACAUCUUGUUUAAGAGCUUUAUUUAUUUUUAGGAGUAAAGCUGAGAAAUCAGCUUGAUGUUUCACACUUGUAUGUACACACACACAGAGUGAUGUAGCUGCACAGUUAUAAACAAAUAAUCUCUGAAGGCUUAAAGUGACAGAACACGACUCAUUGAGGUGUUGGGAAGAUUUGUUCACAUCAAAUAUCGAAAUAGAUUUUCACUAAUACCUGAUGAUUUUGGCCAACAGGUAUAGCUUUACUGACACCUUCAGUAAUAUAAUAUUAAUAUUGGCAAACAAAUGUAGUUUCACAUGUACCAGAUAAUUCCGGCAAAUGAUUUAAGGAUUUAAAGACUAUUCUAGGGAAAUGGUUGACACACUCCCUGCUGUCAUGUUGGGGAGUGAGAAUUGCACUUGACAGAGAAAGGUGAUGAUUAUUAUCAAAAACUCAAACUUAGUAUACCUGCUGUGAGCUGUAGCCAUUUUUGUUCAGUGCAGAUAAUCUUAUCACUGGCCCAGGAUGCAGUUUUGUUUUAAACUCAAGGAGUCACGGGCAGAUGUUGUUAAAUAGAAAAUCACAAAUUACUGAUUAAUAAACAGAAAUGACGACAGCAUCGAUCAUUCAUGAGUAGUUUAUUUGUUUAGCUUGGUGACCAAAAGAUACAAACAUUACAAGUGCUAUAAAACAAACAGUCAUGUUUGUGUUGCAGCUGAUAAGUUGCUACUAGUUCUUUUUGUGUCAUGGCUUAUUUAGCAGUGCUGGGCCUGUAAGUUAAGUAAGUCAAGAAGAUUCAGAGCAGAGAAGGGGGGGAUGACAGUGUUGUUCGCAGUGUGUACCUCAUGUUUAACUGACCAGCAGCCAUCAUGUGUUACUUCAGCACAAAAGCUUGUGCUGUUCCCACGUGUGUUCAAACCAUAGUAAAUAAGUCAGCAUUUUCCUUGCUGUUCAACCACAUAAAUUAUCAUAAGUUGUGUUCUGGGUCAUUUUUCUUUCUUUGUCACAAGUUUUUUGUGUUCAGAGAGAAAAACAAGACCCUUUAAUAGGCUAGCUGAUUUUUCUGAUGGGCAGUAUUUCAAAAAUCAUUGAAAUCUAGAUUUGUACCUGAGGGGCAGUACAAGAAUCAUUGAAAUAGUUAAUUGACCUGCUUGCCUUCUGUUUGAUUUGACACUUGGUAACUACUGUUUUGUUGAUGGAAAACAUCUCGUCUUGCUCAUAAGUCACCUGGUAGUGUUGAAUGAUGAGGAUGUUUUUGUCUGCUUUAAGCUUUUGCUUCCACCUUCCAUUGUUUCCUGAUACAGGAGUCAAUGAAUGCAGUGUGAUAUACCAUAACAUCACUGCAAGACAUUGUGUCUUUAUUAUUUUUAUGGGCACAUGUUGAGGCUUUACAUGCUUUCUUCUUUUUGUGAAAUUACAAAGUUAAAAACACAAGCAGUCAAUAGGGACGAUUGAUUUAAGUUUACUCAAAUCCUUCUUUUUGUUUCUGUUCAGGAUAUUUUCUCACUUCUUGUCCCCUUGUCUGUCUUCUGUUCUUGUUGAGAGAACACUAGGUGCAUUUCUUAUGAGGCAUUUCUGGUGACAGGAUCCUGCAUAUGAAAUAGUUUGGCCAGCCUGGCUUUCCAUUUUCCUUGAAAUAUCAUGUGUAGAGCUCAGCAUUAGUCAAUGGAUACUGCAGCGAUGAAUUCAUUUAUGAAAAUGUAGUUUAUUUUCUUGUGGGUAAGGAUGAAUGUGUCAGAUUUAUGUUGUUGAUGUAUAUGCAUAGGGCUGACAGUGUCAGUAUUGUUGUUAAUAAAGUAAAAUUAAUUUUUGAAACAGUUUUACAGUUGUUAUUUUAAGUGGUCUAUCCAUGCCUCUCAACUUUUCAGUCGGACUUCUUUUUUUCUUCAUGUCUUUCAACCUUGCGCAAACCUGUUCAAGGAUUUGAGUGUCUUCUAUUUAAACAGAACUGAAUCGUGUUUGUGUAAGUUGGUCUGUGCAAAGAUUUGAGUGUCUGAUCCAUUCAAACAGAAUUUCAGUGAAUGUGUGCAUUUUCUAGCAUCAAGAACUCUAAAGAUCACAAAAUGACAUAAAAUAAUGAAGAUGAUAGUCUUAUGCAAGGAUAGCAAUGAAUUUGAUUGAGAGGACCAACUCACAUUUUAGAUGUAAAAAAAUUAAGAAUGAUUUAAGAUUAAAAAGGCUCAGAAAGAUGGCCAGACAAGAUUGCUGAGUGGAAACAAAGAUUACCUUUCCUGUAUGUCUUAGGUGUUAACAUUCUGUUGAAAUUACUUUUUUAAUUGACAAGGAUGCUAACUGAUUUUUUUUUUAAUACCCCCUCUUCCUACCUGAGGUCCCUUCACACUACAGCUUGGCAGUGUUUGGGGUUCACUUCUUCACAUAUGGUGUGACAAGCAAAGUUGGCAUGUGAUACUACACCCAACUAGCCAAGGUAUGCUAGUCAAAGAAACAUUAGUUGUUGCUAGCUGAUAAACCCUUUAGGAAUGCUUCAUGUUGUAAAAAUGUUCAUGGUGUGGGACAAAGCAGUUUUGCAAGAGCAGGUACAGGUGAGGUGGGUGAAGAUGGGUGGUACCCUAAAUGACAAUGCCAUUUAACACUGCAGUACUGUAAGAUGACCUCCAGCUAAAGUCAUCUCAGGCUCAAAUGAGUGAUCACUAAAUGGCCAGAAGUGAAUGUCAGUACACGAGGCAGUAAGCAGGAAUUAUUGCAUUAAUAUAGUGGUAAAUAUCUUCAGACAUCUUAGUCACACGGUUAUUUCUGAUAAUUUGAAACAUUCCACGGUUGAUUUCCCGGUGCCAUGUCUGUGAAAAACGCAUCAUUGUCCGGAUGAUCAAAGCAUUAUUUUCCUCACAAUGUCCCUACUUGAGAAAUGGUAAUGAAAGGAGAAAAUCUAGGCUAACAGUUUCAUGCAAGCUGCUUUUUAUCUGAGUGCUUAAUCUGGGGCGGGGACUUAAUCUUACUUUAUCAGGGGUGGGGACUCAAAACUGAUUGUAAAUGCUGCAUGCUUUUUUACUUAGGGACAAUUAUUUUUCUUUUUAAAAUUGUUUUCAUAACUUGUUAAUGGGGGUGGUUGGAGGAAGAACAUGUCCCAACUCAACCAUCGGCCUCAUUCUUCCCAAGAUGUCACUAACUUCUCCUGUAAGUCCCAUAAAGCAAUGCUGGCAAAUGCAACGGGAGGCAGAGGCUAGUCAUUCUUAAAAGACUUGAGUGUCUGUCCUGUUGCAAUUCUAAAUUAUACUUAUGGAGGAUUUUUAUCAAACUCAUACCCAAGAUCCAGAAUUUUUUAUAUUUUUGCUUGUUUGUGGUUACAUUAAAAGUUUAUUAUGUAGAUGUUAUUUGCAUAUUUUAAUGUGCAGUCACCUGUAGCAUCUCACCUGUCUCUCACUGCUAACCAGGGUUAAGAAGUAGUCUUCAGGUUCUCAUAAUGACAGGCAGGGGUGUAUGGAGUCACAGCUGACAUUUCUUAUAUUCCAGCGUUGAGUCGUAUUUUAGUCAUAUGAUGCUUAAAAAUUAAAAGUCUCCACACAUACUAUCCACAGCAGUUUUUCAUUUAAAAUCAUUAUUGUAAAGUUUUGCUGUAUUUUUCUUCUUUUUUUGACUGAGAUCUAGUCCAGUUUGUAUUAUUACUACCCUUAAAAAGAGAGCAAAGCAUCUGAAAUGCUUGUCACCCAACAUGUGCAUCACUCAUGGGUUGAUUGAGUCACUGUCACCAAUAAUUCAAAGCAUCACAUUUCACAAGUUCAUUCAAAGGGAUCAGUAUGCUGAAGGCUAAAAUGAAGUGAUCUAUGUCGUAAUUAAAAUGAAACUUCCCAGGCACUCUGUCUCAUGCAUUGAUGCAUUCUGUUAUUGUAGAAUUAUCACAUCUUUUGUACCUGCAUUUGUCACAACCUGAGCAUAUCUGUUUCUUUACUCCAUACAUGUCCUAUCGGGGGCUUGCAGUGCUGUUGUUUUAAGGAAGGAAGUUGGAGUUGGUGGGGAGUGGAGCAGUUGAUGUGAAAUAUAAACUGGACAGUAAGGUGAUUGGUGAGGAACAUAACUGUCCUGAGAUGAGCUUGGUAUGAGAGACUGUAAACCUGUCAUUACAAAUUUACGUGUUGAGAUCAUCAUCCAUUACACGAUGUAAAAAUCAUCAUUUCACGAUCUGCUCAAGCCUCAGUCCUUGACAAGGUCAGAGAUCUCUAAUAGAGUGUUUCUUGUUACUUUCAUUUGGCUAAAUUCUUUUUUUCACAUUCUUCUAGAAAUGAUUAUAUUUUUAAGAGAACGAUAAGAGCUAUCACACUUUUACUGAACUUCACAUAGGACAGCUGUUGAAAUCGCAUGUGUCAAAAUUUGGAUUCAUGUGACAAUGCAGCGGGGUUUAUUUCUGUUUUUAGCAGGAAGGGUUAAGGGUGAAAGGCUGCAACUUUAAUGGAUUUUUUGCAAAUGAGGUUAUGAUCUUGAUAACAUAAUUUAGGAACAAAAUUAGAUUUGCAUGUGAUUUGAGAACUUGACCAGCGUAAGAUGCACACUAUCAGGGGAGGUACUUUGUUUCCUCAUUGUAACUACAGCUUUAAAGGACUGCAUAAAGGUGAGACUACAAAAGGGAGAUCAGCAUCAAUAUGUGUCAUUGCGCCCUCUUUGUUUUUGGAUUAGGGUUUUUUUUCCAUUUUGUUAUUUGUAUUUAUUGAAUAUUUUUUGUGGUGGAAAGUUUGUACAUUAUAUUAUGGUUCAAGGGGACAAGUAUGUAGGUGAAGAUGACCUAUUUUUGUAGAGAAAAUGUAUGUCAGAUAGUCUGAAUGGCAAAUUACUCUUUCCUCUUUAAUGUAGUCAUUAAAGAGAUUUACAUCAAGUAUUUGAAAUUUGAAUUUCCAUAUUUGAGACAUUUUGCCUUGACUGUUAUUCCGAUCUCUCAGUGUGUUUUUAUGAUUCCUUUCCAAUGUGCUCUUCUGUUGAUUGUGUAAAUUUUUCUCCCCUUAUUUUUACUUGUUUUUUUCCUUGGUUUUCCUCUUUUAUAUCAUCUUAAUUACAUAAUAUUUUGGAGGAUUAGAUAAUGAUGAAAUGGAGAUCACCGAACACUGUCACCAGUCGAUGGCAAUAACAUCGUUUGACAAUGCUUGCAGUGUGAAUGCUAUUGUCAGUAGAUAUGUACUGUGUUUUUUGUCAAACACAGAAUUGCUUUACAGCUCUGUGGAAAUGGAUGCCUUUUAUCAGUACAAAGAAGAACUUUGGAAUGAACACCUCCUCUUUUGUGAUUUUGUUUCCCGAACCAGGUUGUUGCUUAUAAUAAAACUGAUGACCGUC